AUGUCUGAGCAACAGAAUAUUACAAAAGGUUUCUUGCAAGGCGCAUUGCAAAAAUGCCUUCAAGAUGGCGUUGAGAUUGGCGUUCCUGGUAUAACGGCUGCGGUCGCCUCCUCUGAGGGGCUUCUCUGGUCAGGAACGGCAGGGGUGUCGAAUGUAGAAACCAAAGCCCCGUUUACUUUGAAUCACAUCUCUGGAAUUGGAAGCAUCACAAAAGUUUUCAUGAGUGUGGUUAUUUUGCAACUCAUUGACGAAAAGAGACUCAGCAUUGGUGAUACUCUUCAACAGUAUGUCUCUGCAGAAAUUCUUCGGGGGAUCCCUCAUGCUUCCGGAGCUACGAUUGGCCAGCUUCUUAGCCAUAGUUCAGGCAUUCCAAGCUGGGAAGAUGAUCCUCGAUGGAUCCGACAGGGACGUGGGUCAGAUCUUGAUCCUGAUAAGAUUUGGACAAGCACGGAAACUUUGGAUUACAUCCGCUAUGAUAGUAAUCCGGAUGUACAAGCGCCGGAUCCCCAGCCAACUCCGGGUAAAUACUCUUAUUCGAACACCAACUUUACGUUCCUAGGUCUGGUUGCAGAAUUUAUUUCCUCAGAAACUAUGCCCUCCGAAAUUCGUGUAUCAGUAGGGCAUUCAAGCGUCACAGCCGCAAGUCUGAUUCGCUCGCGAGUGCUUGAACCUCUGGGUUUGAGCUAUACCUACCUUGAGGGGUUUGAAUCGCCCCAAGCCGGCCAAAUGCCCAAUAGAUACCACUGGGUGACCCCUACGUACUUGUCGACAGCUGGUGCCUGUCCUGCUUUCUCAUAUCCUAAAUCUCGCCCGGAUCUCAUAGACGCAAGCAAAUCGAACAUGUCGACGGAAUGGGUGGCCGGCGGAAAAUUAUCGCAUCCAAAAGAUCUUUGUACUCUGUCACUUGCCAUUCGAAACGCUAAGAUUCUGUCACCAUCCUCGCUGAAGCUCAUGAUGGACCUCAUACCAAUUAUGGAGAGAGUAUGGGUAGGCCAUGGUAUCUUCAAGAUGCGAACCACUGAUGGUAAUGCAUGGUUUGGUCACAACGGAAGUACUCUGGGUUUCAAUGGAAGUAUGUUUUGGAAUGAGGAAACAGAUGUAGCCGUUGCAGUGCUGGGAAAUAUCGGAACAAUGCAUGCUGGGAAAGUCCCAGGUGCUGCAUCGGUUGCUCUUGAGAGUAAAUUCCUUGCAUUGGCAGUAAAACUUGCAGGGUUAUAUUCUGGGGAGAAAUCCUGA